CAACAACAUGGCGGGUUUCAAAGAAAAACAAACGUAAAAACUAUGAAAUAUUAAGGUUUUCAGCACUUUGAUACACAUUUAGAAGUCUGAAAAUGGAGGAGAAAGAUCAUCAAGCAGAAAGUAAUGAUGAAGAAUCAUUGAGCUAUCAGCAAAGGAAAAUGAUGGACGAUGAACUGGGUAGCAGGGCAGAUGAUUUAAAGUGUGUAGACGAAGAGACGCUUUCUCACAAAGAAACGAUGGCCAUUGUACAGUCCAUGCUAAAGGGCACCAUUUCAACUGAUCCCCUGCUUGGUGAUCUCCCUUUGGAAGUGACGUUGGAAGAAGUGACGUCUUCUAUAGCCUUGGAGUAUGGUCAAGCCAUGACUGUCUACAUUGACAGAGAUGAUGGGAAUACCAUGCCUGUAGUUGUUCAGCAAGAUGCCAGAGUCCAGGAUCUGAAGCACGCUAUCAGAAGAUAUGUGACACUGCAAGAGACACGUCGUAACGGGAUCAAAAGUAUUAGCUGGAAGUACAUUUGGAAAAGACAUUGGCUAUACUUUGACGGUCAAAAGCUCACAGAUGAUGGCAAGAAAUUGAAAGAGUAUGGAAUCUACAAUAGGGCUACACUGACAUUCAUAAACAGGCUAAAACAGAGGAAAUAGUCAACCAGAACCGGAAGAAACAAAAUGACAUUGGAAGUGAAAGUGAACACAAGUCUUUGUUGAUGAUCUCUGGUCACACUGUGCUCCAGAUAGCUGUGAAGUUCAGUGCUGAUUGACAUCUGCAUGUUGGGAGCCCACUGCUUAGUCGAAUAAGCUGGUUAUUCACCUAUGUCAAGUGUUGAAACUGGCCGAAAUUUCUGCCAGAUAUUCAGUCCGGCAAGCUACAAAUUUUGGCAGCCCGAAUCAAAAACAUUACUGAACUAAACACUGUGUGAAUAUAAAAGUUAAAUAAUUGCCAGGCAAAAAAAAUAAAAAAUCUUAGCCUUUGAUGUUGACCAGCAAAAACUGGACAGGUCUGCAGUAUGUCAGCUGCUGUACGUUAUUCAUGCACCAGGCCUGUGUUACCAAGCUGUAUCUGAAGAACACUUUGGUGAGUACGGUGGUGUGACUCGCUAUGCAUGUUUAAGAAAUUGCUACACAAUUCUAAGAUGUUAAAUAGAAGAUACGGACACAAAUGUUCCAACGCCAGAAGCUACAUGAAUGGAGACUGAAUAGUAAACAAAAUAAAAUACAUUGAAGUGAUGAUAAGUGGAAUUAAAAAACCCACCAGUGUCGUUACAUUUCAGGAAUAGUGUAAGUUUAGUAUUUAAGCAAAAUUGUACUAAGAUAUUAUCAGCUUAGAAACCAUAUUAUAUGCAAGAAUAAAAAAAACCCUGAUUUACUGAAGAAAUAAAUACUGUAUGAAUGAUCA